AUGUGGGGGGUCCGAGAAGGGCUAAGAAAGUUGAUAGAGUUUACGGAGAGAGCCAUCGUGAUACUUAUCCUACUCAACCACCAGUUCAAGGACGUUUAUGGUACCGGAACAUGCGCCGAUAUUCCUCAAGAUGUCUGUCCUUAUGGAGUUUCGGAGUAUACCGGUGAAUGGGUGAAAUAUGUUCCAAAGUACCUAACACGUGAUCACCCCGAGUACGAAGUCAGAACACCACCGGAAGCACGUGACAAGAUUAACUUGUACUGCGCCCAUCCAGCUUGUUACUCCAAUCCAUGUCUUCAUGGAGGAAGCUGCAUGGAAGAACUUGACGGGUUCAGUUGCUCCUGUCCUGGGAUCUAUUUCGGAAUUCAGUGUGAACAACAUGCAUGUGACUCCAAUCCUUGUCUUCAUGGAGGGGCAUGUGUGGAGGAGCUUGAUGGGUAUAAUUGUUCCUGUCAUGGAGGCUAUGUGGGAAUUCACUGUGAGAAGCCUGUUUGUCCAGACGGAUGGGUGUAUGGAGGAACGAAGUGUUUUCUGGAAGUGGCUGGCCGACAAUCCAACUGGACUAGUGCGCGUGACUAUUGUAACGGUCUGGACGAGGUUGUACUCGGAAACGGAAACAGAGUUGGACCAUCUCUACUCCUCAUAGAGAGCGAGGAAGAGUAUGAUCUUCUCAAACUCGGCAUAUCCGUCCCUUGGUGGUACUGGUUGAACUGCCAGGUUGUUGACAUGGAUAUUACUUGCUUCACAGACAGAGCCGGAAACACAAGUGACUACCGAAAUUGGUAUUAUGAUGUUUAUUCUUACUACGACAGCUCAUACGAGAGUACUGACUGCGUGGCUGUGGACAUUUGGAUUGGCUAUUGGUUCACAUAUAGCUGUUCGUAUCCGUACGAUUUAACCGCUUGUCAAGUGAAUGUGUUUGCCUCAAGAAAUACAACGACAUAAAAUGCACUAAAUACCCUUCUUUAGCAUGUUUAGUAGAAGAGAGUGAAAACAUAUACAAGAGUUUCUUUGGCACAAGUUUUCGCUAAUUUUUGAGAUUACAACACGUGCACAUCUCAAGCUUCAGUGAACCCUAACCUCCACUCAUUGUGUUUUCCCAUAUGUUUGAAGUUAUUACUAUGUUUCUUUUGCAUUCAAUUAAAUCAUUAAUUUGUGGGUAUUCUUGAUCAAUUUUGACACGAUCAUUUUUGAAGCUUGUAAUGUUUCUUUUUCAAACUAAAGAAUUACUUCUGAGUUCUCAAGGUAUUUUAUAUUCCCAUAUCAUAACUGUUUAAAUCAGAACAAUAUUUUACCAAUUUGAUUAAAAUAGUGACAUUGUUGCGAUUAAGGAAAUUCAAAUUUUCUUGUAAUGCUUUAAUGUGGCACCUUGCAUGGCCAGAUUGCCCUCAUGUCAAUUAGGUUAUAUUAUCAAUAUCAAUUGAAUAUGUUAUCAUAUUUUCAUUUCUAUAUCAUAGAUCUUUCUACCUUAAAGCACACACAAUCUGAGUCAGUCACUGCAGUAUGGUACACGAUCAUACUGUGAUAAACUGGAAGACGUUUUCACACUCCUUGCGUUUAAACGCAACUAAAAACUCAAACGCAAGUUGUGCGAUGUUGAUUGGUUGAAAAUCAAGUUGCGCAUGAUUUUGAGAGUUGCGAUUGGUUGCAACUCUUUCUGCAAGGGGCCCCAGUAGAGAUAACAAUUGGUGAUUUCAUGUACGGUGUUCGGUGUUGGUGUUGAGAGCGUGAAAAGGCUGCUGAACCGAGCCCCAACACCGAGCUGAGUUCAGAGGAGCGAUGCCGAUCGCGUUAUCGAUAUCCUAUGACGUCACGCCUCUGCGCUGCUGAUCAUCUCAACUUUACGCGAGAAAUUCUCGACGACGAAAGUGAAAUCGGGAAGAAAUUGCAGUAAAAUGUUAUUGUACAGAAUGCACAGGUUAAAAUCACUGCAAUAAUCAGAAAGCAUAAAUAUUAUUUUUCACUAAAAUGUGUAAAACUCUAAUGAUUUGCGCUCAUAUUAACUGUAAUAGAUAAUUUUACGGGGCAUUAUGCAAGAUUUCUACCUAAAUGAAACAGAAAAUCGUGUACAACUCUUGAACGCACACACAGGUCACGGAGUGACCCUGAGUGCAAACAGC